AUGCACUCCUCAGUCUGCCUUGUUCUCCUUACCUGCCUCUACGGCACCUCGUUUGCUGCGCCCAUCAACGCCGGUAGCUUGACUGACGGCGUUGAACAUCUUCCUAGCACCAACCCGGCACUUCCCAUCGUUGUAGAUCCUGAACAAGGUGGUCUUCCCGAUGGUGUAAAGAGGGCUGCCACCAGAAGCUUGUUUGAUGGCGUUGCCGAGGGCGUUACCAAGGGUCUCCCCAUUCCAGGCGGUGUUGGCGGACUCGCUGAUGCCGGCAGCCUUACCAAGGCGGUCCCCGGGUUCGGCAAGAGAGAUGCCACCGAUGACGUUACUGGCAGUGUAACCAGUCUCACCAAGGGCCUCACCGGUGCUGUCGAGGGCACUGACAUUGCCGGUGUUGCCGGACAGAGGAGGGAUGGCACCGUUGGCUCUCACAACGACAUCACAGACAAUGUCCCCAUUAUCGGACAGAACCUUGAUCCCACUGACAUCGCCGAGAGUCUUGGACACCUAGGAGAUGUUACGGGAGUUGGUGCUGAUUCUGUUGUCGGCAAACAAAAGCGAGACACCACCAGCGGCUUGACUGGCGCUCUUCCCGUGGGAUCUGCCGGCGGCAUUGCCAAGCCCGUCACUGAUAUUGUCGGAGCCCUUAACGGACUUGAUGGUAUCGCCCGGUAA